CUCUCUUUCCUUUCUCCAUAAAUUCAGGUCACUCCCUUACUUGCCCUCAUAACAACUAUCUCUCACUUUCCCACUAAAGGUCAGAGAACAAAGUUCCAAUGCUGUCAGGGGCAAGGUCGCAGUGGGAUUCCUCCCACGCCAUCAUCCAUCGCACCUCUUCUUCAUCUAAUGCAUACGAUGUAUUUGUCAGCUUCCGUGGUGAAGACACGCGCAACAACUUCACUAGUUUUCUCUUUGGAGCUCUCCGUCGACAAGGCAUUCUUGCCUUCAAAGAUGACCAAUGUAUCAAAAAAGGCGAUUUCAUAGCACCCGAGCUUCUACAAGCCAUUCAGGGCUCUCAAGUUUUCGUUGUUGUCUUAUCAAAGAACUAUGCUUCCUCCACUUGGUGCUUGCGUGAACUGGUAGAGAUAUUUAAUUGUUGUCAAACUUCAGCAAGACCUGUUAUACCUAUAUUUUAUGAUGUUGAGCCUACCACGGUGCGCAACCAGAAAGGAUGUUAUGAGAAAGCAUUUGCAGAACACGAAAAUAGAUUCAGAGAAGAUAAGGUGAAGAUGGAAGAAGUUCAAAGAUGGAAAGAAGCUCUCAGAAAAGUGGCCGAUAUCUCUGGUUCGGAAAUCGGAAAUAAGCCACAAAAUGAACAAAUUGAAAAAAUUGUUCAAGAGAUAAUAUAUAAUUUGAGACCAAAAAUUUUAAAUCUUCCAAGGGAUGAACUAGUUGGGAUAGAGGAUCGAGUUCAAAACUUAGGAAAUAUUUUGCGUUUCGACCUCCUUAAUGAUGUUCGAGUUGUCGGAAUAAGUGGGAUGGGUGGCAUAGGAAAAACAACUCUUGCUCGGGCUUUAUACGAAAGAAUUUGUCAUCAAUAUAAUUAUCGUUGUUUUAUUGAUGAUGUAAGCAAAAUAUUUCUUGAUUCUCGUUCGUUGGGCUUACAAAAGCAAUUAAUUUCUCAGACUCUAAAUGAGAAAAAUGUAGAGAUUUGUAAUGUUAUCGAGGGAACAUGUUUGGUGCAGUCCAAACUAAACAAUGCUAAGGCACUUAUAGUUUUUGACAACGUUGAUGAAGUUCAACAACUAAGGAUAUUUAGCGGAAAUAGAGACAAUUUGUUGCGAGAAUGCUUAGGUAAAGGGAGCAGAAUCAUCAUAGUUUCUAGGGAUGAACAAAUAUUGAAGAUACAUGGAGUGGAUGAUAUUUAUCAAGUUCGACCGUUGAUAUGGAAAGAUGCUAUCCAACUAUUUUGUAGAAAUGCUUUCAAAGUUAAUUACAUUUUGAGCGAUUAUGAAAAGUUGGCACAUGAGAUACUAUCACAUGUUGAAGGUCAUCCCUUGGCAAUUGAAACAAUUGGGUCAUCUUUGUUUGGCCGAAGUUUGUCACAAUGGAAAAGUGUAUUGAAAGGGCUAGAAGAAAAUAAUAAAAGUAAAAAUAUUAUGGAUAUUUUGCGCAUAAGUUAUAUUCAACUGGAAGAAAAAUACAAACAAACAUUUUUGGAUAUUGCUUGCUUCUUCAAUUAUUUUCACGAAGAACGUCUGAAGGAAAUUCUAAAUUUCCGUGGAUUUCAUCCUGAAGAUAGCAUACAAGUUCUCAUUGAUAAAUCACUCAUUACUAGAGAUUUCGAUGAGAGAAUACAUAUGCAUAGCUUGCUAGUGGAUAUGGGAAGGUGUAUUGUUCGAGAAGUAUCACCUAAAGAGCCUAUAAAGUGGAGUAGGUUGUGGACACGCAAAGAUCUCCGUGAUGCUAUGUCAGAGAACGAGGCAACUCGAAACCUUGAGGCAAUAGUUCUUAGAUAUCACCUGGAUGAGGUUGGUGUUAAAAUCCCAGAUGAAACAAUCAAGGCGGAUGGUCUAUCAAAAAUUAAACACCUGAAAUUGCUUGAUGUUCGGAACGUGAAGUUUUCGGGAAGUCUGAGUCAUCUUUCGAAUGAAAUAGGAUAUCUUGUUUGGUACAAAUAUCCGUUUGAGUGUUUGCCUCAAAGUUUUCAGCCACACAAACUAGUUGAGUUAAACCUGUAUGGGAGCAGUAUUCAACGACUGUGGGAAGGCACAAAGCCUUUAUCCAAUUUGAAGCAUUUGGAUCUCUCUCUUUGCAAAAGUUUAGUUGAGAUGCCAGAUGUAACAGAGGCCCUAAAUCUUGAAUCGAUAAAUCUUGAAGGAUGUGGACAGCUCCAAAAUCUCAAUCCAUCGAUUGGGAGUCUGAGAAAGCUUGUUGUUUUGAAGUUGAGAGACUGCAAAAAACUAGUAAUCUUAUCCAAUACUAUAUUGGGCCUAAAUUCUCUUAAAUAUUUGGAUGUCUACGGUUGUUCAAAAAUAGGUAGUAAUUGCUUACUAGAUGAAACAGGGAACACAGAGCACAUGAUCAGCUGUUUGUCGCCCUCCUCUCCUCUCUCUUGUUUGUGUGAACUCGAUCUAAGCUUCUGUAACGUAGUUCAAAUUCCUGAUUAUAUUGGAAAGUUAAGUUGCUUAGAGAAGCUAAAUUUAAAGGGAAACAAUUUUGUUAAAUUGCCUAACCUCAAGGACCUUUUGAGACUGUAUUUUUUAGAUUUACGGAAUUGCAAGCGAUUGAAAUACUUGCCUGAUCUCCCUUCACAAACAGUCUUGCCCUCAAAACCUUUAAUGUUGUCGAGAUUCCCAUCUUCAAUGUUUCAUGAUCUCCCAUACUAUAUGGAUUUUAGACUUAGAGGAUUAAUUAUUUUCGGCUGUCCAGAAUUAGUUGAGAUUGAAGAGUGCACUACAAAGAGUAUUUUAUGGACAAUUCAAAUUAUUGAGGCGGCCUAUCAAUUGUCAUUCCCUAGAACUUAUAUCCCUGAAAGUAUUAUGCCUGGAAGUCAAAUACCGAGCUUGUUCAACAAUGAGUUUGUGAACGUGGACAUACAAUACCCGGACAAUAAUUUCAUAACCAUUUAUCCACCUCCCGUUCCGCAUGACAAUAAUUUCAUUGGUGUUUUGUGUUGCGUAAUAUUUCGUCUACACAAUAAACAUAUUCCAAUGGAUUUUAGAACAGAUCACAUGUGCUUACAUUAUAAAGAUGUUUCUAUGGACGGACGUGAUAUUCAUCCUUAUCCUUUCAGAUUGAGGUCGAUUAACGCAUUGUUGGAUGACAGGGAUUUUGCUGCAGUGGAUGUGAAGAAAUUUCAGUAUCGCUGGGUAAAUGAACAAGACCUAAUUAACUUCAAAAUAACCCAUUGUGCAAAUUUGACAGCUCGGAAGAUUUCCGUAAUUGAGGAAAACGGUUAGCUGCAGUGAAGAAUUGAAGGCUUUAUUAUUGAAUGUGGAAUGUGGAAGUAUGAUUUGCAACCAUCUAACCAGAGAGAGGCACAGUAGAAGCAAGAAGCAGCACUGCAUUCAAAUUAUCCUUGAAUAGGCACAAUACUUCUCUCUUCUAUAGAUAUACUUUUGUUUGCUUCUUUCAAGUUUUACAAAUGCAUUUCACAUUUUGAUUCAGAAAGUUAUACUCUUAUGCAGAGGCUUCUUUCAAGUUUUACAAUUGAUUGUUUCUCUGCAUUUUCGCUGAUUUUUCUCAUAAGCUUCUACGAUAAAACGCAAAAAUGAAACGCGUUAAUUCCACCACCAACCGAAGGAUUCGAAUUUAUAUUUCUUGACUUUUGCUUA